GAUGAAUAAGCAUGGGAAACAGGAGAAGUCCUUCUCUCUCCCAAAUUGGAAAAAAGGUUCACCAGGUGGAAGGGAUGCUUCACUAUCAUCCUAUAAAGUCUUCCGCUCUUCUCCAAUUCCUCGACUUUUAGCGUGAAAUUCAUCAAGAUGCGUUUCCUGUACAUAUUUUUUGUAGCUGCCUUCCUUGCUGUGGCAUAUGCUGCAACAAAUUCUGCAAUAGAAACCAAAAUAAAAAAUGUUGAACAAACGCCUCAUUCACGUCAGAAAAGAACAAUUCUUCUCAAAAAGAAACUUGCACUUUUAGGAGGAGCUUUGCUUGCAAAAAAAUUAAUAGCAGGCAAAUUAUUAAAUAAAUCUGGCUAUGGAGGAGGAUAUGGUGGAGGCUAUGGAGGAGGAUACGGAGGAGGAUAUGGAGGACCAGUCUAUGCUGGAGGAUAUGGAGGACCCAACUAUGGUGGAGGAUACAGAGGUCCUAGCUAUGGUGGAGGUUAUGGAAAAUCCUUUGGAGCAAGUUAUGGAAUACACUAUGGAGGAAGUAUUGGAGCAAGUGCUGGAGCAAGUGCUGGUGGUCAUGGAGGAACAUAUAAUGGUCAUUAUGGCCCCCCUAGCUACAAUCAAUAUCCUCAAUACAGUCAGGGUUAUGGAAAUUCUGGCUGGUAUAGAUAAAUUAUUUCCUGAAUGUUAUAAUUUAAUAUAACAGAAGAUCAUCUUGCCAUUGAGAAGACUUGAAAUAUAGAAAAUAAUAAUUUUUUAAAAAAUGUUCAAACGCAUCUUGUAUAAUUGUAUAAAAAAAAAAAAUUCAUUUUCACGCUCAUAUAAACAUUUUUUUUUUUUUUUAAUAAAAUGUUCUAUUUCUUUUUUUAA